AAUUUGAUUUAGACAUGAAAAAGACAAACCUGGACUGCUUACCAUGCAUCAACAGUUAUUUUGGAUAUUAUCAAUAACCAUUAAUUAUACUAAAUCAACUCAAUAAAAAAUUUGAGACAGAGAUGAUGAUGGCAGCCAUGGCUAUGCAAUGAAGAGUUGUUCUACUUCUCCUGUAGUUGACUUUAAAAACCUCUAGUGAGGAGGGAAGCCAUAGGAAUUGUGAGUAGUGAAGCCAUGACAAGAAGUAAAGGAGGAGAGAUGGAGAAAAGGUGGCCAGAGAUAAGGUUAGCAGUGAAAGAACUGUCUUUGUUGCAGCAUGAGGACCAGAAGGCUCCCACCAUGGCUUUCUUGUGUGUUUCCAAGCUCCUUGUCAAUGUCCUUGAUGAGAUUGGGCCAACAAUGGUUGUGCUGAGAGAGGACAUGCAGAGGAAUAUCGAGAGAGUUGAAGAGAUUUACUUAUCUAAUCCAUCAAUAUUUUCAAGUCUGGAGGAAGUAUUGCAAAGCGAUGUCGACAGUGGACUUGCGAGGAAAGGCGAUAGUUUUUCCAAAGCUGUGUUAUGGCUUGCUAGGUCUCUGAAUUUUAGCUUAGCUUUAUUGGAACAACUAGUGAAGGAUUCGGACGCAAGCCUUGCUCUAGUGGUGGAAGAAGCAUACCAACUCACAAUAAAACCAUGGCAUGGGUGGAUUUCAAGGGCUGCUUAUAAGGUAGCAAUGAAGCUGAUUCCUGAGAGAGAAGAUUUUGUAGCAUUGCUGAUGAAGCAAGAACAGGACUAUGAUGCGCUGAAAAGUGAUAUAAAAGAAUUCGUAUCAUUGUUCAAGCCUCUUCUUGAUGAAAUCCAAGCCAUUUUGAAAAAGUUUCGAUUGGAUAGAUUGAAGUCUACGUAAUGGCAAACUCUUCUUCAAUGUGUCAUGUGUACAUAGCUUUCACUCUGUAAAUUAAGCCAAGUGUGGGUUUUCUGCAAUGAUCUUAACAGUAUAUAUGUCUUGAAAAAUAUUGUGGAUCGCAAUGGAGUUAGAAGACAACACUAACAGUUUGUCCAGUUUAUGUUGUAUAUAACUAAUAAAGCACCGUCUUUUGUGAAAAUUUUGAUGAUAUUUAAAUUCGAAAGAAUGGGAAUUGCAAUCUUUUGUUUCU